UGACUUUUAAAGAGCUUAAUGUGUACAAACUCUUUCUUUAAAUACGACCAUAUGUAGACUCUCUUUUCAUCACAUCUAGAGUAGAAGCCAACACUGUGUUUUACUCAGUUAAGACUCCUUCAUGGAUGAUAUUCUUAUCAAACAAGCUUUAGUAUUGAAGGAAGUUAAGCAUGUAUUCCAGAAACUUGUUAGCGAGGAUCCCAUGGAGAGUUUGUAUAUGGUUGACAUCAUCCAAAGGCUUGGCUUUGAACACCAUUUUGAAGAAGAAAUUGAAACCUCUCUUCAGAAGCAACAUUUAAUAUUUAGCACUCAUCUCAGUGAUUUUGCCAAUAACCAUAAACUUUUUGAAAUUGCACUUCAAUUCCGUUUACUUAGACAAAGAGGCUUUUAUGUUCAUGCAGAUGUAUUUGACAGCUUGAAGAGCAACAAAAGCAAGUUUAUAGAAAAUUAUGGUGACGAUGUUAAGGGUCUCAUUGCCCUGUAUGAGGCAACCCAUCUAAGUAUUGAAGGAGAAGAUAGUCUUGAUGAUGUAGGGUACCUCAGUUGCCAACUUCUUCGGGCGUGGCUGACUACACAUAAAGAACAUCAUGAAGCUAUAUAUGUUGCAAACACUCUUCAGCAUCCACUUCAUUAUGGCUUAUCAAGAUUCAGUGACAGAAACAUAUUUCCAAGUGAUUUCAAGACAAAGAAAGAAUGGACCUGCUUAGAGGAACUUAAUGAAAUCAAUUCCCACAUAGUUAGGUUCAUGAACCAGAAUGAAAUCAUACAAGUUAACAAAUGGUGGAAAGACCUUGGAAUGGCCAAGGAGGUGGAGUUUGCUAGGUAUCAACCUUUGAAAUGGUACAUGUGGCCCAUGACAUGCUUUACUAAUCCACGGUUUUCAGACCAAAGGAUUGAGCUCACUAAACCUAUCUCUCUAAUCUACAUUAUUGAUGACAUUUUCGAUGUUUAUGGAACAUUAGACCAGCUCACUCAGUUUACAGAUGCCGUUAACAGAUGGGAAUUGGUUGGCACAGAGCAACUUCCAGACUUCAUGAAAAUUUGUAUAACUACUCUUUAUGACUUUACCAAUGAUUUCGCCAUGAAGAUCUACGAAAAGCAUGGAUUGAACCCUAUUGAUACCUUAAAAAAAUCGUGGGUGCUAUUAUUGAAUGCCUUCUUAGAAGAGGCACAUUGGUUGAAAUCUGGUCAUUUGCCAACGGCGGAGGAGUACUUGAACAAUGGAAUUGUGAGCACAGGAGUGCAUGUGGUGCUUAUCCAUGCAUUCUUCCUCUUGGAUGAGAGUAUAACUAAGGAAAUUAUUGCCAUCAUGGAUGACUUUCCAGAUAUUGUACACUCAGUGGCAAAAAUUCUUCGUCUUUGUGAUGAUUUGCAAGGAACUAAGGGUGAAGAUCAAAAGGGUAUCGAUGGGUCUUACCUUGAUUGCUACAUGAAUGAACACCAAGAUGUUUCAGCCGAAGAUGCUCAAAGUCAUGUUGCCCACUUGAUUUCAAGUGAAUGGAAACGUCUCAAUCGGGAAAUGCUAAGGCCAAAUCCAUUUCCAUCAUCAUUUACCAAUUUCUGCCUCAAUGCUGCCAGAACGGUACCUCUAAUGUACCACUACGGUACCAAUCCAAGCCUCUCCAAUCUACAUGAACAUGUACAAAUGUUGCUUAAUGUCGAUAACCUAUAGUUAUGGUCAAGAUUU